GAGGACCCAGAGCCCACACAGAUUAAAGAGGAACAGGAGGAACUCAGGAUCAGUCAGGAGGAAGAGCAGCUCCAAGUGCUCUUUGAUACCAAAGACUCCAUAUUCACUCCUUCCUUUGUGAAAAGUGAAUGUGAUCAGAAGGACCCAUGUCAAGAAGCCAUACUAGCUGAAUACCCAACUCUCAGUCCACUGAAAACGUCUAAACUACAGUCGUUCUGUGUGUUUUUAAAUGAAUGUUUAACGGCAUCUGCUGCUGUGGAGAUUUUUGGUGCGGUUGAGAAAAUGGUAGUGGAGUACCAGGAGGAGAAUGAUCGGCUACGGAGACUGCUGAGGAUCACACCGGAGAUAAAACUAUGUAGAAUAGACUCCCUGCAGCUCUCUCUCUCUGUCUCUGAAGAGGACGUUCCCCCUGAGCAGCAGCACUGUGAGCAGGAGUGGAGCCCCAGUCUGGGGCAGGAGGACCCAGAGCCCACACAGAUUAAAGAGGAACAGGAGGAACUCAGGACCAAUCAGGAGGAAGAGCAGCUUCAAGUGCUAUUUGAUACCAAAGACUCCGUGUUCACUCCUUCCUGUGUGAAAAGUGAAUGUGAUCAGGAGGACCCACUUCAGUCCUGGACACUUCCCCAAACCCAGACUGUGGAGAACAGAGAGAGUGACUCUAAACCAGUGGAUCUCACAACUUUUGGCACUGUGACCCACCUAAAGGGUCUUGACAUUCCCUUUGACCCUCCAGAUAAUCAGAACAAUGCCUCCAGCCACAGCUCAGCCGUAAGCAGCGACCCAGUAGGACUUGACAGCAGUCCACCAUUGGAUCCAAGCCCACCAUUGGAUCCCAGCCCACCAUUGGAUCCCAGCCCACCAUUGGAUCCCAGUUUAACAUUGGGGGAACACUGUUCCAAACCCAGCAUCACGUCUAGAAAAACGUACCACUGUGGUGACUGUGGUGAAACGUUUGCUCUGAAAGCUGGCCUGCAGAGGCAUGUGACUCUCCCCAAGAAGAGACCCAGUGAAUGCCACUUAUGCAAAAAACACUACAACUCCACCUGUAAACUGGAAGCCCAUGUCAGGCUCUGUCACCUUGGGAAGCCCUUCACCUGCCCUGCUUGUGGCAAGACCUUCAAAUACAAAGGCCAUAUGUCCAGGCACAUGAGGAUUCACAAAGGAGAGAAACUAUUUAGCUGUGGUGACUGUGGGAAAAGCUUCAGUCAGAAGGGACACCUUACCGUGCAUAAACUGACUCAUACAGGUGAGAAACCUUUUAGCUGUGGUGACUGUGGGAAAAGUUUUAGUCAGAAGGGGAACCUAAGCAUUCAUAAACUGACUCACACAGGAGAGAAACCUUUUAGCUGUGGUGACUGCGGGAAAAGCUUUGGGCUCAAGCGGCACCUAACCAUGCAUAAACUGACUCACACAGGAGAGAAACCAUUUAGCUGUGGCGACUGCGGGAAAAGAUUCAAUCGCAAGGAGGUCUUAACUAUGCAUAUAAGGACUCACACAGGAGAGAAACCAUUUAUCUGUGGUGACUGUGGGAAAAGCUUCAGUCAGAAGGGGAACCUAACCGAACAUGUACUGACUCACACAGGAGAGAAACUCUUUAGCUGUGGUGACUGUGGGAAAAGCUUCAGUCAUAAGGGACACUUUUCUGUGCAUAAACUGACUCACACAGGUGAGAAACCUUUUAGCUGUGGUGACUGUGGGAAAAGCUUUAGUCAGAAGGGACACCUUACCGUGCAUAAACUGACUCACACAGGAGAGAAACCUUUUUGCUGUGGAGACUGCGGGAAAUGCUUUGGGCUCAAGCGGCACCUUACCCUGCACAAACUGACUCACACAGGAGAGAAACCAUUUAGCUGUGGAGACUGCGGGAAAAGCUUCAAUCGCAAGGCGGUCUUAACUAUGCAUAUAAGGACUCACACAGGAGAGAAACCAUUUAGCUGUGGAGGCUGUGGGAAAAGCUUCAGUCAGAGGGGGAACCUAACCAAGCAUACUCGGACUCACAACAGAGAUAAUUCCUUUCGCUGUGGUGACUGUGGGGAAAGCUUCACUGAGAAGGGGCACCUAACUGAACAUAUACGGACUCACACAGAAGAGAAACGAUAUAGGUGUGGUGAUUGUGGGAAAAGCUUCAAUCAGAAGGCUGACCUAAGGAGGCAUAUACUGACUCACACAGGAGAGAAAUCACAUGGCUGCUCAGUCUGUGGUAAAAGAUUCACUCAUAAAUCUCAUCUGUUGAGGCAUGUGGAUAAAGUCCACAAAGAAAGAAAACGGGACAGAAACUGAAAGAGGAAAGAACAUUAGGACAAAGAGAUUGUCUGUCAGGUAAGUGAAUAUAAAGGCAGGAUGUGGACAAAUCUCUUAGGAAGCAACAGCGACAUGGCCCUCAUCAAAUAUGCAGACGACAUGGCUCUGGUUGCUUGCCUGGAGGACAAGUCCAUCUCAAGCUACUCCCAGUUCAUUGACUGCCUCAACGUGGUUUGACAAUAGCUUCCUUGACCUUAACGUCACCAAGACUAAAGAACUGUGCAUUGGAGGAAAGAAAGCUGGGGAAAACGGAAGCCCUUCUCUCGAGCAUGUCACCAUGGAAAGACAGGACGUGGAGCAAGUCACACAUUUUAAAUAAUUGGACAAUUUUAGACCACAAACCUAGCUUCCAGUAGAACACUGACCUCAUCUACAAAAAGGCAGUUUCUUUCCCUACUUAAGAAACUAUGACGUUUUAAUGCAAGCAGACACACACUGAUCAUGGUAUACAAAUCCCUGAUCGAGUGUUCUCAAUUACAACAUCCCCUUCUGGUACCUUUUCAGUGAUGUUAAAUUUUUUAUUUGUUUCAUUUUGACAUUUCAUUCUGACAUAUAAAUGUUUAAUGUGUUUCAUUCUGACAUUUCAUUCUGACAUGUCAAUGUUUAUUGUGUUUCAUUUUGACAUUUCAUUCUGACAUGUAAAUGUUUAAUGUGUUUCAUUCUGACAUUUCAUUCUGACAUGUAAAUGUUUAAUGUGUUUCAUUCUGACAUGUAAAUGUUUAAUGUGUUUCAU